AUGCUUCUUCUAAACCUCCUGAUUUUACUGCUCGAAUUUCUAUCGUUACUCUCCGCUUCGUCUCUUUGCCUAAGUCCGCCAUCCAUUCAUAAAAUAUUCUAUAUUCUUCUGUUUAAUUCCUUUCUUUCCGUUUUUCUUUCGUUAAUGAUUCACUAUAUUUCUUUCUUUCUUUCGCUCAUUCUUUCUCUUUUCUUUCUUUUUUUGUUAUUUCUGAUCUUUUUGCUUCAUUUCUGUUUCCAUUAUUUUUUCUUUGCUAUUUGCUUCUUUCUUUCUUCUUUUCUGUCGCCUCUUAUUUCUUUAUUUUUUCUAUCUAUUUUAUUUUCUUUCUUUUCUCUUAUUUUCAUUUACUCUUUUUUUCAUAUUUUCUUGUUUAAUUUUUUUCAUUUCUUUCUUUUUUCUUUCUUUUUCUUUCUUUUUCUUUCUUUUUUCUUUUUUUGUAUCGUUUCAUAUUUCCAUGGUUUUCCUUUCCACUUUAUUUCUUUAUUUCUUUUCUCUUAUUUUCAUUUACUCUUUUUCUUUAUAUUUUGUUGUUUAACUUUUCUUCAUUUCUUUCUUUCUUUUUUCUUUCUUUUUCUUUCUUUUUUGUGUCGAUUCAUAUUUCCUUAG